CCUCGCCGCGUUGACGGGUAAUCAUGGCGGCAGUGGAGUGAGACGCAUAUGCCUGAACUUUAGCCUGGAAAAAGCACAGAAAACUCCCUGAAUAAACCAUGUCUCGCCACAGGAAUGUCCGGGGCUAUAACUACGACGAAGAUUUUGAAGAUGAUGACAUUUAUGGACAGUCAGUGGAUGAUGAUUACUGCAUCUCCCCUGCUACAGCUGCUCAGUUUAUCUACUCACGUCAGGACUCGAGACAGGCUCGGCAGGUAGAGCCACUGGAGGAGGAGGAAAAUGAAGAAGAGGAGGAGAUGCCAACCUCACCUACCGCCGAACACAUGCUUGACCCAUUGGAGCAAGGUCGGUUGUACUCCUGCCUGGACCAGAUGAGGACGGUGCUCGGAGACUCGGUCCCGGACUCCACUCUGACCCAGGCUGCCCUGAAGAACGACUGCGACCCCCACCGAGCUCUGGACUCCAUUCUCUCUUCAGAAAGCAGCAGCUCGCAAAAAACAACUGCACCCAAAACCAUCACGCAACCAGAGCCCACCGCAGCUCCCCCACCACAGAAAGGAGCCUUAUCUUCCUCCACAAAACGCAGCACUGAUACGAUCACACCACACACGACCGGCUCACCGAGCUCACUGAGCUCACUGUCUCAACCUGCAGCAGUGCUUUCACUAAGCCUCAGUGAUCUCUUAGCUCAGUCUGAACCUAACAAGAUCAGAGACUCUUCUAAGAGUGGGGUUUCUACAGGGCUGGUGAAGGGUACAUUAUUAACACAGAGCUCAGGUGAUAAUGAUGGUUGCCAGUCAAGUCAAAAAACUGCAGGCCUGCAGACGAGUUCUCUGGCUCAGUUAAUGGCUCAGCAUGAGCAGAAAACAGGACAGAACUUCUCUUUUCAGGACAGCAGCUCUCUUUUCUCUAGUCUUGGGCAAAGUCCUCUUCAGUCGUCUUUGACUUCUGGUCUUAGUCUUGGUCUUGGUCUUGGUCUCAGCACUUCUCCAGGUGUUGGCAACCUCCCCAUAAGCCCUGCUCCCUCACUCUUGUCCUGCUCUCUGGGAAGUCUGUCUUUGCAGGACCCGAAAGUGGCCGUGCCAUUGGGUGGAGUCUCGUUAGGCAGUCUAAGUAAUGUUCUGCAGUCUAGUAAGCCAGUGGAAGUGAUGAAACCAGGGGGUUCUAGUUGUGCUGGGGGUUUGGGUCAAGGGAAAGGAAGCCCCUCAUUGGCCGAACUGAUUCAAGCACAUCAAAGCAGCAGCCCUGAACUGUUUAGCUCAGUGCUAGGCCCCACAAACACGUCUCAAAACACUAUUACAGGAAGUGUACAGUCUGUAAAUGAUGCUAACAGAGCUAAAACCCAUCAGAACAGUUCACAAUCACAAUCUCCUCCAAAACCAAAACUUAUUCCUGCUGCUACUACUAAAGUUCCUCCGGGCUUUUCUGCAGCGCCAUCUUUGGCAGACCUUAUAUCGCAACACCAAACUCCAAAAAUAGCACAACACCAACCAUUUUCUAUGCCUAAGAGGAGUAAAAACGAGAACAAAAAUCAUAAAGCAUCUCCUGAGGUGCAUCAAAACGUCCCUCAGAACGUUGAUCUUAGCGUGCUAAUGUCUCAAACGGCGCCAGGAAUUUCUCCUAGUCACCACGACAGCCACUCACCCAGCCAUUCUCCCCACCAUUUCUCGAGUCGCGAUGUCCCCAACGUUUUCGCCGAGCCGUCAGUGUUCGCUCUGACGCUGUGCGUCCGAAUGAAGAAGAAAAGCAGGAGCCAGCGCAGCAGCAGCUUGAUUCACAAAGCUUUCCUCUACAGCAAGCAGAUGACAAGAGUGAAAGAAAGAGUUCAGGGACCACCACUUCAUCACAUCACUCCGUUCUCCUUCGAUACACCGUCCCCCGAUGAUAUCGUCAAGGCCAACCAGAAGAAGGCAUUUACCAGAGACUAGAGAGCUGUUACUUUAAGCUGUUCUUUCCUGAGGUUAUUUAUUGAGUUUAUUAAACUGUAAUCCAGUUUUAAGGUCCAGUUUUAAGGUCCAGUGAUGGCCUCUUUGUUUAAGGAGCAGGACAAUGAGAGGCUGUUCAGAUCAGCUUGUUUUUUCUUAAAAAAAAAAAAAAAAAAAACAGAAUUGAUGAUAGAUAACAUUUAGUUUUUUUUUUUAAAGAGUCCAGGGAUUUCUUAUCUUUUUUGGGAGGAAGAAUGUUCAAAGAUGUCUAAAUCAUCUAACCUCAAAUGAGCAGGACAUAAAACAGGUUAACGCCCUUAUUUUGCGUAUUUAUUAACAUUUUUAAACCUUUGGAAAACGCAAAAACAGCUCAAUUAGAAAUGAAAAUAAAAUAAAAAAAGAACGUCCCUUAAAAUCUUCCCCCAGAAUGUUGAUUUAAGCACAUUGAUGUCACAAACAUCACAUUUUUUUCUCUGUUUUGGUAAAUAAUGAACAUUUUUAUUUCAAAGUCCAGUUUUAAUGUUCAGUGAUGGCCUCUUUAUUAUAAAUUUUCAGUUUUAAACUUUAAACUAAAUUGAAUUUUAAAGAGUCCAGGAAUACCUUCUCUAUUUUGGUAGAAGGAAUGUGUAAAGAUUAAGUUUAAAUAAUUUAAACUCUAAUGAGUAGCUGUAAACUUGACAUAACAUAACAUUAACAAGCAUAGACCUGGAAUAAAUUGAAUAGGCCCCUACUUUGCCUAUUCACAAACUUUUUAAAUUUUUUUGAAAACAAAAAAAACAGCUCUUUCAACGAUCUUCUGGCCAAGGCAGUUCAAAAGAAGGCAUUUACAAGACACCAGGAAAUAGAAGUGGAGGAUUUUCAUAGGUUUUUUACACAAUAAUAUUUUUUUCAGUCCAGUUUCGAAAAAAAAAAAAAAAAAACAAAACAUUUUAACAUUAAGAAUCUCUUAUCUUAGCAUGGAAAGAGUUUUAUUUCUUAAACUAAACUGAAUGCAUGACAAACUUAACGUCAUAAUAUGAUGAUAUUUCAGUUUUUAGGAGUCCAGGGAUGCCUUCUGUACGUUGGAAGGUAGAAUGUUUAAUAUGUUUAAAUCAUAUAAAAGUAAUAUAAACUCAAAUGAGCAGCUAUAAACGUAACCUAACAUAAACAAGCAUAUGAAAUAACUGAUUGUGGCCCGUUUUUUUUAUACUGAUUUAUGAACGAGCCACAUCUCAAAAUUUAACCAGGUAAACCACAGACCAAUGAUCUAAGCAUGUACAGAUUACUGUAUUAUUAUUAUUAUUAUUAUUCUCUCUGAGCAUUACUUUUACUUUUACACAGACACUGAUAUAAUUUCUAUCAUUCUUUUUUAAAGGUCGUUUUGCUUGUAUAUGGUUUAUAUUGAUGAGAUUUUGUUAUUAUUUUUAUAGCACUAUAGACUGAAUGUAUAUUUUUGUAUAGUAGUCAGUAGUUCUGACUUUUAUGGCCUUAUUAUGGCUUUAUUUUGUUAUUGCAGACCACAGAUUAUGGCUGUGUUUAUAUAUGUGUUUGUGUGUGGAAAGAGGUAAAUGGAGAAAACAGAGAAAAAUAGAAAGAGAGAGAGAAAAGGAAAAAUGUGCAGCUGUUCUGCAGCAGUUUUGAUGUCAGGACAGGUUCUGGUUUACCACAGACACAGAAAGAAAAGAGAGAGAGAAAAGAAAGAGAAAAAGAGGGAGCACACAUUUGGGUUUGGGGACACCUGGAGAUUUUCCUUUUUUUGAGUGUGUGUGUAAUGAUCUGUGCACAUGAUCACAGUCAUACACAAACACACACACUCUUACACACACACUCUUACACACACACAUAUAUAUAAAUAAACUGAUUGAGUACAUUCUUGUGCAGCUAAUUAUAAUAGUAUGGUUCUGUUUUAAAGAGAUGAGACUUUGAUUUUUGUAGUGAUUUGAUAUUGAAUUUGAUGUGCGAUCAUUUUAAUCUCUGUUUUAAAGCACUGAUGUACAGCUAAGCGUGGUUUUGAUUGAUGUGGGUGUAGCCCUGAGGUUUGUGUAUGUACUGAAAUAAAGAUUUGCCUGUUUCAUA